UGACACAAAUUUGAAAAAAUAUUGGUAGAUUGACACCCUCUUUUAGGGAAAAACUAGAAUAACAUAAUAUUGUGUUUAAAUUACCAAAAGCCCAAUCAAAAAUAAAAGAGGAAAUAAAAAUUAAGUGAGAAAAAAAAGAAAAAUCGAUUCUCUUAAAACUUUAGGAACCCGACUAUCGUUUUUUUGUUUUUCUCACUUUCACCUUUGUUUCUUCCGCCGGCAAAGAAAGAUUUUACAGUUCAAAAAUAAAACUCGAUCUGUUGUCAUCUGCACCAACGAUUUGGUACUGUAAUCACCGGUGUUCUCUGCUCCAGCCAGGUACAGACGCCGGCAACUAAACCUUUGUUUCUUCCGCCGGCGAAGAGAGAUUUUACAGUCCCAAAAAAACUUGAUAUGUCAUCAUCUCCGCCGGCGAUUUAGCACUGUAAUCACCAGUGUUCUCUGCUCCAGCCAGAUACAGACGCCGGCGGUGAGUUGGAUCGUUUAUUCCGGCGGUGAGUUGGAUCUUUUAUUCCGGCGGCGAACUAAGAACCGUAGUGGCUUUGGUGGUGACUGAAAAAUCUGCGGCGGUGAGUUUUUGAUUGCAUUAUUAGAAUAAUUAACAGAAUUCUUACUUGCAAUUAUCGAUUAACCCUGUUUUUGUUUUUGUUUUGGAUCUUGAUCUUCAAUAGCUUGAGUUUAAUCCUCAAAAACAUUGGUGGGAAGGAUUAGGCUUCUUGUUUUGGGUCUUGAUCCUCAAUAGCUUCAUAAAUCCGGUUAGUCUUUAUGAUUACAUUUUGAUGGAAUCAUCCCUGUUUUUAUUUUGGGUCUUUAGUUAUUGAAGAAUUUGGUCUCGAAUUUUAUGUAUUUUUGUGUUGAUUUGUUGAUUUUUGAUAUAUUGCUUAUCACAUCUAUUACCUUCUUGAUUUUAAUUUUUUUUUUGGAUUAGAAGUAUAAUCAGUUUGUGAAGAAACAGUUUGUGAAGUUUGCCAAUCCGAUACAGUUUGUGAAAGAGAAUCUGUAUCGGAUUUCACUUAUUACAGAUUCUCUUUCACAAACUGUAUCGGAUUGGCAAACUGUUUCAAAUUCGAUACAGAGAAUCCUUUUAAAACUGUAUUGGAUUUGUCCUUCAAGAUACUACUAACCUAUAUCAGAUUCUUUUUCACACCUAUUACCUAAAUGAGAGAUUUGUUUCAUGGAUGUUUUGAAGUAUUUGUUUCAAUUACAAUUUUGUGUUAUCUCACAUGUUUGCUACAGCUAUUCAAUCAAGUAUUUAUCAUCUUGUUUGCUACCUUUUCUUAUCAUUUGAUUCUUUUUUGUAUGUUUAGGAAUGGCAUCUUCAAGCAAUACCAUUAAAUAUCCUCCUCUACUGUAUGAUGAAGGGAAAUCACCUCUCCAACAUAGGAGCAUGAACCAUAACUGUUUUGUGUCGAAAAUCGGAAUUUUGAGAGAAGGAUUAGGGGUGGAUGUGUGGGAGAAACUGAAGCAAUCAUCUCUGAGUGUUUAUAAAGUUUGCUGAAUUGGAAUACACAUGGGCGGCGCAGAGAGUUCAUUUUCUACUAACACAUCAGCUGAGAAUCAACAACAUUCAUGAGGUUUGGUCUUUGAUCGGUUGGAGACCGCUAAGAGAGUUUUAGAUCCCGUUGCUUUUGAAAAACAUCCAUGGGAUCGGGUGGCUUUUAGUAGUCUAGUGAAUUCUGUUAAGAUUGUAGACUAUGAUAGAGAUUCAUACACCAUACACGGAUGUGUUCAUGCUAUGUUGAUUUGGCUGUAUGAGAGUGUUGCUGGAAUAGGAGAAAGUUAUGGGUUUAGAAGGACAGAGACGACUGGUGUUCCACUUCUUGAUUGGCGAUCAUCUCGAAAACAUAUCAACUUCACAGACUUCAUCAAAAAAGAGAAGGAUUUGCACCGACAGGUUAGUAGUUUGUUACUAUUUUUCAAAAAAAUUAUUUUUUGACAUGAACAAAUAAUUUGUGUGAAUUUAAACUUACUUUAUUUAUUGCUUGUAGGUUCGUGUUAGGCAUAUGAUUCAUGUUUUAGAGGAAAACAUGUAUCCUCUAUGGUCUGACUCAAAUGAGCAUACGGAUCCACACUUAGAAGAGCUAAUUAAAGAUCUCAUUCAUAACCGUUUGUCUCUAGAUGUUUGGAUUUGUGGCAAGACAGUUGGUAUAAGUUCAAAAAAGAAGAAAAGAACUGCUGAAGCUGAUAAGGUGAAUGACAACAGAGGGUGCAAUCCUAAGAAAAAAAGAUGGACAGAUAGUGAUCCUAAAUGUGAACAAGGAGAAAAUGUAACCAACAUGGAGGAUGGUAAGGAUGACAAGUCAAUUUCUUUGGAUAUUUGGAGGGCGAUUGAGAAAAUGAAUGAGACUAUUUCUGACUUGGGCAAAACACUCAACAGUCGAAUAGAUGCUUUGGAGAGUAAAUUUGAAACUUUCGUUGAAAAAAAAAUGACGGUGUUCAAAGAGGAGAUGGGUGAGAGGAUUAAAGCAUUGGAGAAAGAAAGAAAAGAGCCAAAAGACGCUGAUGUACGGAAUGAUGCCACUUCGCACACAAUUAACGAUGAUGAGGGAACAAGUAAAGCACCUUCAUGGAUUGUUGAGAUGAAGCAGACAUCACAAGAUGAAUUUCCAGUUCAAAGGGUGGUGAAGAAGGUUUACACUAUCAAGAAUAAGAAGAAAGAAGAAGAUGAGAUAUCAGAGAAUCUUCCUCUCUUUGAAAAGAAGGAAUCUUUGAAGGUUGAGAAGAAGGAAACUUCCAAGAAAAAGAAGAUAACUGGUCUUGCUUCUGACGAUGUUGAGGAUAUUACUACCCAAGUUCAGAAAGCUAAAUUGAGAAUAGCUUCCAGUUCUGAAGAUACAUGGUACAACGAGGAGGAUCAGUUGGUACAUGAAAAACUUGAGGUGACACUAAACUGCCUUGGAGAGGCUUUGACGAAGUUGGAUGGACCUGGACCUUCGAAGACUUCUAGACGCAUGCCCCAGUUGGCAGAAUCGCAGAAGUAUCCUUACCUUGGUAACUCGACAAUCAAGCGGAUCAUUACAGAGGGUGAUAAUGUGUUAGGCGAUCAUCUUAAGCCAGCAGGUGAUGAGAAAAAUCAGAGACUUCUGGAUUUUCUCAGCCUUGAUAAGGAAGAGCCACUUAGCACCAGCAACGCAGCUGUGAGAUUCUAUUGGAAAAUUAUGACUCCAAGGAAACAUUGGCCAAGCUAUGACUAUGGAUGGUUGACAGAACAUCACAUGGGUUGUGCAAUGGCUAUGUUCCGGCGAAGAUAUAUGCGUGAGCCUUGUCCGUAUCCUAAAGAGCGCAUAGCUUUCUUUGAUAUGGGGCCUAAGAAUUUUGUGUUUCGGGAUUCCUAUGUGAAACACGUUUUUGGUGAAUAUCCUGAGGAGUCAGCUACGAACAAGAAGUGGUGGAUUGAUGUGGAUAACUUAUACGCUUAUCUUUUUGUCAAUGAGAACCAUUGGGUGGCUUUGGAUAUUGACUUGCGGGGUAAGAAGAUUCACAUCUAUGAUAGCAUACCAACUAUGGUGAGUGACGAUCAAAUGGCCAUUGACUGUUUGCCUUUAAGGCGAAUGAUUCCAGCGAUGUUAAGUGACAUGAUUCCUGCGACACACAAACUUUUUAUCUUUCAAAUUGACAACAUGCAGAGAUGUUCCACUUGUUACUUGUACUUGGUGUGCAUCGAUAUCUUGGACAGUAAGUAACUUAGCAUAGUCCACACGA